AGCAGGCAACACGGACAGCUGUUUUUUAAAUUUUCAAUACACAAAACAAGAAUAGAUGUGGCCAUAGUGAUGUAGAGUUGAGAAUAAUCAGUAUGGCUAUGAGGAAGAGACGCUCCGGAUGGACACUCCAGGACGAGACUGAGCUGCUGGAGAAGUGGGAGUCGCGUUCUUACGAUCUCCGAAAAGCCAAAAGAAAUGCGCAUAUAUAUCAAGAAAUUUCAAUUGAAAUGGAAAGAAGGUACACUGCGGAGGAGAUUCACUGCAAAGUGAAAAAUUUAACAAAAAAAUAUAGAGAUGAGAAAAGUAAAAUUGACCCAUUCGGCGGUAGUCCCUCUGUAUGGAAACAUUACCACGCAAUAGACCGCAUCAUGGGGUCCACUGCCAUCAAUUCAGCAUUCUUUGUGAAAACUGAUUCUUUGAUGUCUAUCAGAAAGCAACGCUCCGAAUGGACACUCUCGGACGAGAUUGAGCUGCUGGAGAAGUGGGAGGCGCGUUCCCACGAUCUCCGAAAAGCCAAAAGAAAUGCGCAUAUAUAUCGAGAAAUUUCAAAGGAAAUGGGAAGAAGGUUCACUGCGGAGGAGGUUCAUUGCAAAGUGAAAAAUUUAACAAAGAAAUAUAGAGAAGAGAAAAGUAAAAGUGACCCUUCUGGCGGUAAUCCCUCUGUAUGGAAACAUUAUAAGGCAGUACACCGCAUAAUAGAGUCCACUGCCGUCAAUUCGGCAUUGUAUAUUAAGACUGAUUCUUUGAAUUCACCAUCACCAACAUCUUCGAUGCCAUCGCCGUCCUCUCCGCUUCCGUCUCCCCAGCUGCCAUCGCCAUCAUUUCAGCUGUCAUCGUCAUCACCUUCGAUGCGGUCACCGUCACCAUCAUCGGCACCAACUGCAAGAAAGCGGAAUUAUAAUGGUGAGAUGGUGAAAUUAAUAAAGCAGCAAACACAAGUACUAAAAACAAUUGCAAAGGAAUCAAAACUUGUCAAUCAGGAGAUGGUAGGGGCGAUUCUGGAGCAGAACCGAAUAACGGAAAAGCUGUUGAUACUAAUGGAAAAGAUAACGGAAAAACUUGUAUAAAAAGUUUUUCUAAUCUAAAAUUGAUUAUAAUUAAAAGUAAUUAUGUUUGUAAUUAAGUAUGCUAAUAAUUUAGAUAAUAAGGAAAUGGUAUAAAUAAGUAUGUAAGUAUUAAGGGCAUCUAUACUCACUGCUUUUCUAAUAGCCAAUGCUGAUAUAUCAUUUUCCCCAGCUCAUAUAGUGUGACGUAGUUGAUUUUCUGUAUUUUUUCUGCUGCAACUUGGAUCCAUGAAGAUUUUUUAAAUGGCAACAAGUUAUCGAAUGAAAUAGACUAUAUUUGUCCUAAAUUUGAUAUUCUAAUUGCCGAUCAAAACACAAAAUAACCCAAAAACAUAAUUAUGGUGUGUUAUGACACCAUUUACGGGCAACUAUAAAAGAUAAACACUUCAUGUACAGUAUUAGUAGGUCUGUACUUGUAUUAACUCAAAUCAACGUAACAUCUUAUCAUGUAUGAAUUUACUUACAAUAUACUUCGUUGUACCGAGUAUAAUUUGGUACAUUUAUUAACAUUAAAUGAAUAAUAUUUAGUAAAUUAA